AUGGCCAGCGCCGCGCCUGCACAGGCCAUUAACGUUUUCACUUCUCUCGGCGCUUUGGCCUUGUAUCAAGGCGACUCUGCAACUGCCCUCGGUCACCUCACAGAGGCCGAUCGGCUCUUUCGACUGCAUGGCAGUGGUCAUCCAAAGCACGAGCUACCACUGCUGCUGGACAGUGCUUUUGCUUAUGCGGAUGUGGGAGAUAUCCGGGCAGCAACCGACUACUACCGAAAGGUGGUCGAGCUCCGUCGUACUCACUCGCUGCCCGUCUCCUGCGCAAGUAUCGGCCCAAUGCUCGUGGUGCAGCAGCCCUUGGACCAGGAGACUUGCCUGGCACAAGCACAGCUAUUCGAAGAGCUCCAACUUGAGUCCCGCACAUGGGGCAUGUAUGUCAUCACCAUACUGGCCUACAACAAGGCGCAGCAUGACAUGCUCAGCGAGGCUCUCGAGCUUUGUGACAAAGCAUUAGCCUUGUGGUCGGGCAGAGACACCCCGUUUGUGGCGGACACAUUCGGGGUGAAGGCCUGCAUCCAGGAGCAUCUCUUGGAUGUGGACGGUGCCACAAAGUCCAGAUCGGAGAUGCUACGGAUCCGUGAUGGAAUAGGCUUGCCUCACGAUUGCGAGCUGAUAGACAUGGAUUUCUGCAAGCCGACAAGAACGAUCUGCGGCAACACGCAGAUGCCUAGGUAUAUCAAGGAGAAGUAUGGCCCCGAGCUGGAAAAGAUCCUGGCUGACAGGUCGCAUGGUUUUCUGCCACCCUCCACGCAGAAGCCAUCGGCACUGGCAGCCUCAAGACCUACCAGCUGCUUGACGUCGUGUUUCUCUUUGAUGGUAUCCACGACUUCGUGCUUUCGGCGACUGAUGGGUCGCUGGUUCUCAGCUGGCAGCGCGAAAAGCAUACAGGCAAGCGUAAGCCAGCCGGCCCUGUGA